GAGCGCCGCGCCAAGGUCAAGGCCGAGAAGGCCGAGGCGCACGACGCGCGGCUCGCGACGGCCGUCGCGGCCUGGGACCCGCAGAAGCCGCCGGACGCCGUCGCGCCGCUCACGACGGGCGACGCGUACAAGACCUUGUUCGUCGCGCGGCUGUCCUACGACACGACGGAGAAGAAGCUCCGGCGCGAGUUCGAGCAGUUCGGCGCCAUCAAGGCCCUGCGCGUCGUCCACGAGCGCGACCCGGACCACGAGCCCAUGGAGGGCGACGACGACGCGCUGCACGCGGGCACGCCGCGGGGCUACGCGUUCGUCGAGUUCGAGCGCGAGUCCGACAUGCGCGACGCCUACAAGCGCGCGGACGGCCGCAAGAUCGACGGCCGCCGCGUGCUCGUCGACGUCGAGCGCGGGCGCACCGUGCGCAACUGGCGGCCGCGCAAGCUCGGCGGCGGCCUCGGGUCCACGCGGAAGCGCGGCGCGGCGCCGAACAACGGGUCGCGGCCGGGAGGGCAAUUCCAGCCGUCGCGCGUCGUGUCGUCCAACGCGCCGGCCUACCGCCCGCCGCCGGCGCCGGUGCGCCAGGUCUCCACCGGCCCGCCCCGCCGCGACCGCUCCCGGUCCCGCGACCGCGGCCGCCACCGCGACGACGACCGCCGCCGCGACCGCUCCCGGUCCCGCGACCGCCGCCGCUGA